CCAAAACCCCACUCCAUAGAAUUGCGUGGCACUGAUUCAUUUUUAUUUUUCUGCUCAUCUCUUACAAAUCAAUUAUUUUUCCCCAUCUUAUUUUAAUUUUACGUAAUAACUCCUAUUAUUCUAAGCUCUUAAAUAAUAAAAUCUCUCUUUUUUUUUUUUCUAUCUAUUCAUUUCUAUUACUUGACAAAAAUAAAACAAGCUUCAAGUUAGAAAGAAAUGGCAGCAUCAAUUUCAUCAUCUUCCUCUAUAAUUCAACAAACAAUUCUGCGAUCUCACAAUUUACGUGACCGCCUCGUCAAUGGUGUUUCAUUUUCACCUUUGGUAUCUGUUAAGAAGGUUUCUUUGCUCCCGAUACGGUGCCGUUUAAACAUCCCCAACAGAAAUUAUACCGGUUACAGUUCAAGGAGAGCUGGAACGACUAGCAAUGUGGAGGUUACUGCAGCUCCAACAUCUGUACCAGUUCGUGUCGCUCAUGAGCUUCUUCUAGCUGGCCAUAGCUACUUGGACGUCCGGACUCCGGAAGAGUUCACUGCUGGGCAUGUACCCGGGGCUGUGAACAUCCCUUACAUGUUACGAAUUGGUUCAGGGAUGACAAAGAACCCCAAUUUUCUUGAACAAGUGAAAUCACAAUUCAGCAAAGAUGAUGAAAUUCUUGUUGGUUGCCAAAGUGGAAAGAGAUCUCUUAUGGCUGCAAAUGAUCUUCAAUCUGCUGGCUAUACAGGCAUCAUUGACAUCGCUGGUGGUUAUUCUGCUUGGACUCAGAGUGAACUUCCAACAGAAAUUUAGCAGAAGCUGUUAAUAGUAAUAGCUUAAGAUGUGAUGAAUAGUUGUAGUGCACAUCUGAAAAUUGUAAUCCGUAUGUAUAUAUUAUCAAGUUGUACAUUUCAGGUAUCGUUCUGUAAGCCUUGAGCUAAGAAUUUGGUUAUAAUGUCCAUGGCAUUUGCCUUCUAUUUCUUGUUUUGUUUAAUGUAAAAAGCUAAUUGACAUAUUACUCAUCUUGGCUUAGCAAUGAAGAAUAUAAAAUGGUCAGACAAACUUCAAAGUUGGUUCUA